UUCAUCAGCUAUAGUGUUUAAAUUUUGUGUAGUUAUAAUGUUGGUUCUUUAAAUAUGUCUACCCUGACCUAGAAAUGUCAUACAGAGUGCUAACCUAGGGGACUGGGUUGUAAGGCCAAAUUUAAGAAUAUCAUUAAAUUCAGGUUUCGAAUUUAAUGACUAGCUUUCUCUUCUAAAACAGGACUUAGAAACUGGCCAAUACCAGCAGAUUUUCAACUUGCUUUGCAAAAUAUAUGUUAAAUUACCUAUAAAAAUCCUUUUUGCAUUUAGAAAUCGUACACAAAGGCCAUAUUAUUGUAAAAAUUAUAUGAAAAUGUUCAUCCAGUUUAUUCCCUUUCCACCUAUUCUUCUCCAGUUCACUAAUCCACAUUCCAAAAAGUUUUAAUUUCCCUGCACAGCUAUUCUGACAAUUUUUAAAUCCAAGGAGUAGGAUAAUUUGUUUUUAUCUCCACUGACCAUUUCCAUUUUCAUCUCAGCAGGAAAGCAAUUAAGAAAGUAAUACUGAGGUCAGGCUGUUCUCUUGGCAGUAAAAAAAAUGCACAGAAAGUGCUAACAUCUUCCAGACAUUGCCAGACAAUGAAAUUUUAUUUUCAUUAUUUUAUUUUCUUCCAUUUAUAUCCCAUCUUUCUUCCAUUAAGAAAGUGAACACAUAGUUCCCAGGUGGUCACCUACCCAGGCACUGGUCAGGCCUAUACCUGCUUAGCUUCAGCAAGAUAAUAGGCUAAUGUGUCUGAGACAAGCUCAUGUACUCUUUGACAAAUUAUUGCCUCUCUUGCUGUUUAGUCAAGGGGAAAUGAAUCAUAUUGCAAAAAAUGUCUGAAGAUAGGAAAGCAACCCCUGAGGAGGAGAAACGUGGCCUACUUGUACCUUGGCAACACCAUCACUACAUUUACUAUCAUUUUCAGCACCCAUCAGCAUAACUGUUGGUGGCGUUGAAGAAGGGGGGUUUGUGGUGAUGAAAGAAUCGAGCCAGGCUAAACAAAGAAGUGAUUUGGGGAGGAAUUAGCAGCUGGCAGCUCACAUUACCUCAAUUAGAGGUUUCACUGCUGCAACUGCCGCAAAAUCCUUUAGUUAUUUGCAAUAUAUGGAGUUCUGCUUUUAAUUCAAGUGAUACAUGGAUUGUAUUUCUAAUCUCAUGGGGCUUCAUUCGUUUUCUGAAAUACUUUGAAUGUCGCAGAGAGAUGAUCCAUUGAAUUACCUUUUUUUAUUUUAGAAGGUUCAUCAGCCAUGUUGGGCACAGAUACAACUUGCCACUUGUUGGUGAAUGCCCAAGCACACCCGUUGCAUUGGUUGAUUCCUGCUGACUGAAACUACUCUAAUUGCAAGACUAAUGAUCAAGUAUCCAUGUUAGCCUUCACUGAGAACAACUAGAGGACCGUGGGGAAAGUUGUUGUAGAACUAGUUUACUUUUGCUGCAUUGUUACUCUCUUGUCAGAUUUCAGUGACAGUUUGGGUUCCAUAACAAUGAUAGACUAAGUUAUAGAAUUACACAUACACAUACACUUACCCUUGAUUUUUUUUAUGGUUUUGAUCUUUUAUUUUCUUAUCCACCUAAUAUGAUUUAGGUCUUUCUCAGUUCUCCUUGUAUUUUAAUGUUCUCCUUAGUGGAGAAUUAGAACUAAAUAUAAAAAGAGGAAUACAACAAAAGGCUUUCGUUUCACAUAGGUGUCAGUACUAGGUUCAGGUGUCUGUUUUCUAGCUCACUUUGAUCCUAUCACCUCGACACAAACUUAAUACUUGGACACUCACACUUAAAUGUUUGUGAGGAAAGUUGUCUGCACUGUUUUAUACGUUCAGAAUGGCAGAAGACUUUGUUGAAGAAGCCUCCAAUGCUGAAGAACAAUGGAAUUCAAAUGAAGCAGGAAAUACAGAUAGGGAAAUACAUACUGAUAUACAGAAUACAGAUGAAAAACAAAAUGCAGAUACGGUUCCAAAUACUGAGGAACUGCAAAAUAAAGAUGAACAAGAAAGCAAAGAAGAACCAUCAAAUAAAAAUGAAAGUGAGAAAUCAAAGGAAACUCUAGAUCCUAAACCUGAAAAAGAGAAGGGUUCGGCGGACUCCUACACUAGCCGUCCAUCUGAUUCAGAUGUAUCUCUUGAGGAAGACAGAGAGGCAGUGCGGAGAGAGGCAGAGCGACAGGCCCAGACGCAGCUGGAAAAGGCAAAGACAAAACCUGUUGCAUUUGCAGUCCGGACAAAUGUUAGCUACAGUGCAGCCCACGAGGAUGAUGUACCAGUCCCAGGCAUGGCCAUCUCAUUUGAAGCGAAAGAUUUUCUUCAUGUUAAAGAAAAAUUUAACAACGACUGGUGGAUAGGACGAUUGGUAAAAGAAGGCUGUGAAAUAGGAUUCAUACCAAGUCCAGUCAAAUUAGAAAAUAUGAGGCUGCAGCAUGAACAAAAGGCUAAACAAGGGAAAUUUUACUCCAGUAAAUCAGGAGGAAAUUCAUCAUCCAGUUUGGGUGACGUAGUACCUAGUUCCAGAAAGUCUACACCUCCAUCAUCUGCUAUAGACAUAGAUGCCACUGGUUUAGAUGCAGAAGAAAUUGAUAUUCCAGCAAACCAUCGCUCCCCCAAACCCAGUGCAAACAGUGUCACAUCACCCCACUCCAAAGAGAAAAGAAUGCCCUUCUUUAAGAAGACAGAACACAUCCCUCCGUAUGAUGUAGUGCCUUCUAUGCGACCAGUAGUCUUAGUGGGGCCUUCCUUAAAGGGAUAUGAGGUGACAGACAUGAUGCAAAAAGCAUUAUUUGAUUUUUUAAAACAUAGAUUCGAAGGGCGUAUAUCAAUCACACGGGUCACAGCAGACAUCUCGCUUGCCAAACGCUCAGUAUUAAACAAUCCCAGCAAGCAUGCGAUAAUAGAACGGUCCAAUACAAGGUCAAGUUUAGCUGAAGUUCAGAGUGAAAUUGAACGAAUAUUUGAAUUAGCAAGGACGUUACAGCUGGUAGUACUUGAUGCCGAUACUAUUAAUCAUCCAGCUCAACUUGGUAAAACCUCUCUGGCUCCCAUUAUAGUGUAUGUAAAGAUUACUUCUCCAAAGGUUUUACAAAGGUUGAUAAAAUCCCGAGGCAAAUCUCAGGCGAAGCACCUUAAUGUUCAAAUGGUAGCAGCUGAUAAACUGGCUCAGUGCCCUCCAGAAAUGUUUGAUGUGAUUCUGGAUGAGAAUCAGCUUGAAGAUGCUUGCGAGCACCUGGCUGACUAUUUGGAAGCUUAUUGGAAGGCCACACACCCUGCUAGCAGCCACCCUCCUAAUGAGCUUCUCACUCGCACACUGGCAACCGCCACUCUUCCUAUCAACCCAGGCCCAAAUGUUAAUUUGCAGGGCUCUCAAGGAGAUCAGAGGAAUGAACAAUCAGCCCCUGAACGAACUGGUUCCCAAGCUGAAGAAGCAGCACGGGCCGAACCCACCAGGAAAUCUCAACACCGCUCUUCCACUUCAGGCCAUAACCAUCGUAGUGGAACUAGUCGUGGCCUGCCUAGACAAGAAACUUUUGACUCAGAAACACAAGACAGCAGAGAUUCAGCAUACGUAGAGCCAAAGGAGGAUUAUUCUCAUGAACACUAUGAUUCUCAUCGAGAUCACAGUUACAGGGAUGAGUCCCAUGGGAGCAGUGAUCACAGGCACCGAGAAUCAAGGCUUCGCUCAAAGGAAAAGGACCGAGAGCAGGACCAUAACGAAGGCAACAAGCAGCGUAGCCGUCAUAAAUCAAGGGACCAGUAUUGUGACAAAGAUGGGGAAGUGAUAUCUAAAAAACGCAAUGACACAGCAGAAUGGAAGCGAGAGGUGUACAGUCACCAAUAACGUUUGGCAGUUUUGUGUUUCUUUUGAAGUUGUGUAUGACAAAGCCCCACCCCACCCCCUUUUUAAAAAGAACAAAUCUGGGUUUUCAUUGCAGAACAUGUGGUAUCCUGUAUGCUGCUUUUAAAAAAAAAAUUGCUGUUGCUAUCACAGCAAUAGCAUGAAAUAGAAUAUUCAUUUUGAUUAGUGCUAUAACACAUUGGCAUAGUACAACUGCGAAGUCCCUGGUGUUGUACCAAGCUUUUCUCCCCCCAAAGCCGUUUUUGGUAGCUGCCACUUGAACAAUAUCUGUUGUCAUCAAGGUGUUGUUAGUGUUUUCAGACAAAAUACAAUUGGUGUUUAUUAACUUCCCAUGUUUUUCAGCAAGCCAAAAUCAGCACAUCCAAAACUGAAGCUCUCAUCUGUUUUGAUUUUUUUUAAUCGUUAGGCACCUGAUUUGCCAUUGAUUUGAGAGCCACUUUCUGUUGAUUGUACUUCUAGUGGACUACAUUUGGAGACAGAAUUCAGUUUUGCCUUACACACAGGGGAUCAUAAAGUCAAAAUCUCUUUUCUAUGUACUGGUACUGUGUACUGUAUAGACAGUUUAUAAAUGUUAUUUCUGCAAACACCUUCUUAUAUAAGAUUGACCACACUGUUUAAAGUCCUAAUGCCAAGUCAGCAGAUUUGCUUUUGAAUUACUGGCAACUGGAACUAGCCUCAUUCAGGAAAUUUGUUAACAAGGUUCACUCUAGACACACUUUCUUCAGUAGCAGAAAGCUUAUAUUUAGUGUAAAUAGGAAUACAUUAGGAUAAAAGGUUGGAUUGUCCUUGCAAACUUAAAAUCAUUUUUGCAUUUUUAAAUCUACAGCAAAAAUAAUGUGACACUAUAAAUGCUCUAAACAGGACACACUAAUUGCAGUGAGCACACAGAUAAUGUUUUUUCUUGUCAACUUGAUAGGCCACAUUUGACAUGGUGCAAGUGUGUGUUUGUGUGUAAAACAAUUUAUGACAGGAGUGGUUGUAAAGGGUACACAGAAGACUCCAUAGGCAACCCAUGUUAUGAAUCAACCAUAAUUUCCACCUUUAGCUGCUCAGGUAUUGCAAUUUGUACACACAUGCAGUACAAUGUCUGGAAAUCCUUAAUUGUACUUUCAUGAAAAGGGAUUCCCCCACUUUCAAUACGCCCUCUUAUCAAAGGACCACGUGAUCUUCCAGGCUUAGAUUUCAAGCACCACACUGGCCAUGGCAGCAGAGAACUCAUUUGAGCAGCUAAAUAUGGCAAUUGGGGCUGAAUCAUAGCACAUCAGUUGGUCCCGAGAAUGUAAUUAUUCCAAAAAUGAGUAAGGUUUUUCCUUCUGUCUGCAGCUCUAAAGGUCCAAAUUGCAGGCAAGCAACAUGAGGAAGUUUAUGUCUACAGGUAAUUGGGAAAGCAUUAAUCUGCUGGCUCUUCGUUGAGGAUCCAGGAAAGUAAAAAACACAGGCAAAUGUGACUGAGUGUUUCACUGGAAAUGUAAAAUCUUUUUGUGUUUUAGAGUAUUUGUUUUAGUAAGAAAAGUUUACACUGCUUGUGGAGAGUUAUUUUGUUGGAAAAUAAAUUUUUGUAGCUUC